UGCAACACCACCCCCGCCACUCUCCCCUCCCCUCCCACCUCCUCUCUCCGCUCAGCUUUAAUUUUCUCCGAGUUUUCCGAACUCUGGCUCCUGAUCGGGCCGCUUGGCUUCGACGUCCCGGAGGACCGUACCCUGACCUGCAUCUACCCUCGACGUUCAGCUUCUCUAACCCGAGGCCCCGGUUGCCAUUGCCCGGGCCACCUGGUCCGAUCGGCUCACUUCAUUCACCAGCGUUGCCAACUGCUACACUGUCCCCAGCCCCAAUGGGGGAGUGAGAGGCCACUGCCGGCCGGACAUGGGUCUCCCCACCGUGCCUGGCCCGCUGCUGUCACUGGUGCUCCUGGCUCUGCUGGUGGGGAUAUACCCCUCAGGGGUCACUGGACUGGUCCCUUCCCUUGGGGAGAGGGAGAAGAGGGACAGUUCGUGUCCCCAUGGAAAGUAUGCCCACCCUCUGAACAAUUCCAUCUGUUGUUACAAGUGCCACAAAGGAACCUACUUGGUGAGUGACUGUCCAGAGUCAGGGAAAGAACCGGUCUGCAAGAAGUGUGACAAUGGCACCUUUACUGCUUCCGAGAACCACAUCAGACAGUGCCUCAGCUGCAAGACAUGUCGGGAAGAAAUGUUCCAGGUGGAGAUUUCUCCUUGCAGAGCAGACAAGGACACGGUGUGUGGCUGUAGGAAGAACCAAUUCCAGUACUACUUGGGUGAAAAACUCUUCCAGUGCAAUAACUGCAGCUCCUGCUUCAACGGCACCGUGACUAUCCCCUGUAAGGAGAAGCAGGACACCGUGUGUAGCUGCCACUUAGGAUUCUACCGACAUGGAAAUCAAUGUGUCCCUUGCAGUCAAUGCAAGAAAAAUCACGAGUGUUUGAAGCUGUGCCCCCUAUCUUCACUUAAACCUGACUCCAACACCCAGGACUCAGGUACCGCAGUGCUGCUGCCCCUGGUCAUCUUCCUUGGGCUUUGCCUUUUAUCCUUCAUCUUCAUCAGUUUACUCUGCCGCUAUCCCCGCUGGAAGCCCAAGGUCUACUCCAUCAUUUGUGGGGAUUCGGCGCCUGUCAAAGAGACGGAGGUCCAAGGAAUUGUUACUAGGCCUCUCACUCUAGCCCCUGCCCCAGCCUUCAGCCCCACCCCCGGCUUCAGCCCCACCCCCGGCUUCAGCCCCACCCCCGGCUUCAGCCACCCCCGGCUUCAGCCGGUUUCCAAUACCCCCAUCGCCUCCAGCCCCACCUACGACCCUAGUAACUGGCUGAACUUCAGGGACUUGUCACCUGAAGGGACAAGGGAGGUGGUCUCAAACCAGGGUGCUGACCCUCUCCUCUACCCAUCUGCCCGCUCCGGGCCAGUCCCCACCCCUGUUCAGAAGGGGAAAGACUGCGCCCACCCGCAGCGACCAGACACUGCAGACCCCGUGACGCUUUACACGGUGGUGGACGAGGUGCCUCCGUCGCGCUGGAAGGAGUUCAUGCGGUUCCUGGGGCUGAGAGAUCACGAGAUCGAGCGGCUGGAGCUGCAGAACGGGCGCUUCCGGCGCGAGACUCAGUACAGCAUGCUGGAAGCCUGGCUGCAGCGCACGCCACGCCACGAGGCCACGCUGGACGUACUGGUCAGCGUGCUUCGCGACGACAUGGACCUGGCUGGCUGCGCCGAGAACAUCCUAGAGGCGCUGGGAAGCCCCGCCUCCUCGUCCGCGCCCCGCCUCCUGCGAUGAGGCCCCACCCCCGCCUCAAGGGAGGGACGUAAAGGACAGUCCUGGCAAGAUGCCCCGCUGCUGCCCUGUGGGCCUCUUCCUUGGAUGAAAAGGAGGGAAGGGCCUUGAAGGGGCAGGCUUGAGCUGGCAGCCGCUUCCUUGGUGCUACCCAGUUGGUGUACAUAGCUUUUCUCAGUUAGCGAGGACUGCCCCCGAGUCAGCCACUUGUUCAUGGCAGCAUAUGUGCCAUCUGUCUGCUCCCUGCAGGCUGGGGGUGCCAAACGUCAGAACAUGUGAUUGUAGAGGAAAGGGACGCUAUAUCUCAUUCCCACUUGGGAUGCACAGGGCCCAAGCAAGGCUUCUUGGGGCCUCCCUGGUUGGUCCCUGGGCCUUUCUCACAGUAGGUAAGCAAUAAUUUUUUUUUUAUCAAUUAUCUCACACUAAUGGAAACUCGGCCUCCCUUUGCUCCCUGCCUGGACGAACAGAGCUGAACUGUCUAAGGUAGGGGCAAGCACAGAACAAUGGGGUCUCCAGUUGGAGCCGUGGACGCUUGUAAAUACACUAAAAGUCUAAUAAUGA